AUGGAGCUCAGUCCACUCCCGGUGAUGCUCUUGCUGGUUUCACUGAUACCAGUGGCCCAUAUUCAAGGGAGAGUUAAAGCUGUGGUGUCCAUUCAGCCUGAUACACAUGUGUUCAAUGGAGAGCAUGUUACUCUCAUAUGUGACACACAGGGAGGACAAGACACUCAGCAGCCAUACAGCUGGUAUAAGAAUAAUUCCAGAUUAUCACAGGGAGAACAUGUAGCCUUCGGAGUCCAGACAAACCAGGAGUUGUUUCUCUUGUCUGUUGGUGCCUCUGACGGUGGUUCCUACACCUGCAGUGGACAGGAUUCAGAGAUCAGUGAUGCUGUUACACUGACUGUAUCAGAGAGACCACCGCCAGUACUGCGUGUAUCUCCACAGAGCUGGCUGACUGAAGGAGACUCAGUGACUCUAAGCUGUGAGGUUACAGGCUCCUCUACAGACUGGACAUUCAGCUGGUACACAACUGUUCCCUACAGAUCCGGAUUAACUCAAAUAACAAAUAUUCAUGGCUAUAACAUGUCUGUGGAGCUCCUCUCAGACAGCAGCAGAGGAUCUGGAGGCAAAUACACUCUCAGUCCUGCUGCUCUGAAUCACACAGGAGUUUAUAUGUGCAGAGGAGAGAGAGGAGAACCAGCCUUUCACACACAGUACAGCAAUCCACAGCCUCUAUGGAUCACUGGUGAAUCUCCUCCAGUCUCUCUGAUCAUCAAUCCCAACAGAACUCAACACUUUACUAAUGACUCUCUCUCACUGAGCUGUAACUCUACUGACCAGAGUCGUUCUACUGGAUGGACAGUGAGACGAUACACACACAGUGAGGGAGUGUUAGAUUGUUCUCCAUGUAAAAUCAGCUCCCUCUCCACAUCCUACACUGGAGUUUACUGGUGUCACUCUGAAUCUGGAGAAAAUAGGAAUCCUGUUAACAUCACAGUGCAAGAUGGUGAUGUGAUCCUGGAGAGUCCUGUCCAUCCUGUGAGUGAGGGACAUCCUCAGACUCUACGCUGUUUAUAUCGAAACCCGAAGCCCUCAAACCUCCAAGGUGAUUUCUAUAAAGAUGGAUCAGUCCUCCAGACACAGACUACAGGAGAGAUGAUCAUCCAUAAGGUCUCAAAGUCAGAUGAAGGUUUCUACCACUGUAAACACCCAGAGAGAGGAGAGUCACUGAAAAGCUGGGUCUCAGUCAGAUUGCUGGUUUCACUGAUACCAGUGGCCCAUGUUCAAGGGAGAGUCAAAGCUGUGGUGUCCAUUCAGCCUGAUACACAUGUGUUCAUUGGAGAGGGUGUUACUCUCAGAUGUGGCACACAGGGAGGAGGAGACACUCAGCGGCCAUACAGCUGGUAUAAGAACAAUUCCACAUUAUCAGAGGGAAGACAUAUAGUCUUCAGAGACACCACAAACCCGGAGUUGUUUGUCUGGCCUGUUGGUGACUCUGAAGGUGGUUCCUACACCUGCAGAGGACAGGAUUCAGAGAUCAGUGAUGCUGUUACACUGACUGUAUCAGGUGAAUCUCCUCCAGUCUCUCUGAUCAUCAAUCCCAACAGAACUCAACACUUUACUUCUGACUCUCUCUCACUGAGCUGUAACUCUACUGACCAGAGUCGUUCUCCUGGAUGGACAGUGAGACGAUACACACACAGUGAGGGAGUGUUAGAUUGUUCUCCAUGUAAAAUCAGCUCCCUCUCCACAUCCUACACUGGAGUUUACUGGUGUCACUCUGAAUCUGGAGAAAACAGGAAUCCUGUUAACAUCACAGUGCAGGGUCCAUCACGUGUAGAAGCUCCAUUCUCAGUGCUCAUACUGAUCUGUAGUGUAGUGACGGCCUCUCCGUAUCUGCUGGCGACAAUCAUUCUGCUGGUCAAAUGUUACAGAGCUCGAGAUCGGCAACAAAUUAAAGAAGCUGAAGAAAGACUACAGGGACCAAAAAAGGACCUCAGUCGAAGCGGCAACGGGCGGCCGAGGAAGAACACCUUCGAUAUUCUGGACUCGGUCCUCAGCGAUAGACCGGCAAAUAACGCCACCGGAGCCUUAAAUUCAGCGACGGCGAUGCUGGAGGCGAUGGUGCCGCAAUCAGAGCCUGCUAAGAGGAAGCGAGACAGCAACACUGAGCUCCUGGAAUACCUUGAGCGGGCGGACGAGAAGUUCCUGCAGCACAGCAAGGAAAUGAACGAUACCUUGCUGCACAAGCUGGAGGCAGACAACAGUGCGUUCCUCAGUAUAAUGGGGCGCAUAGUGUCUGUAAUGGAGGUGCAAGCCAGAAAAUAA